UUCAGCUCCGGUGACGUGGUGCUUUACGACCUGGAGACAUCCCAGAGUGCACUGGUGCUGAAGGGGCAGGGCGACAGCGUGGUUCCAGGAGUGAAUCACAUAAACCGAGUGGUGAGUCAUCCCACGCUACCAGUGACCAUCACCGCCCACGAAGAUCGCAACAUCAAGUUCUUCGACAACAAGUCAGGUAAAAUGAUCCACUCAAUGGUGGCUCACCUGGACGCUGUCACCAGUUUAGCUGUCGACCCCAACGGAAUCUACCUGAUGUCUGGAAGUCACGACUGCUCGGUGCGGCUCUGGACUCUGGACAGUAAGACAUGUGUUCAGGAGAUCACCGCUCACAGGAAGAAGAGCGAAGAGGCCAUCUACGACGUGACCUUUCAUCCCUCCAAAGCUUACAUCGCCUCAGCCGGGGCAGACGCGCUUGCAAGGGUCUAUGUUUGAGACCAGAGGCCGGACCGGGGACCGGACCAGGGACCGCACCAGGGACCGGACCAGGCUCUUUGCCUGAGACCUGAAGCCAAGAUUGACCAUGGUCAACAGUGAACCAGGAUCCAAGCUAAGGGAUCUAAAUGGAAAUAUUCCAGGUCUCACGUCUGAGGUCUAACCAAACUCACCAAGACCUGAGUCACCAUCUGAUUUGGACGGGGACUUGGACUUGACCAGGAGCUUGGUUUAGGAUCCAGAAUCGGGCCCAUGUCUCAUCAGGACUUGAGUCUGGCUCGAUUCCACAAGAAAUCCUUCAGGUCUGGACUUAAAUGGACUUGGACCCGGUCUUUAGUCCCGGGUCAGACCUGGUUUAGUCUGAGGAGUCGAGCAGAAUCUCAGACCUGGUUUUAACACAUUUAAUUCAUUGAUUUUUAGAGGCGUUUUAUGACACAGGGUAAAACAACAACAAAGUAAUUUUAUUUUUAUGAAUUUGUAAAACUAGAUUAACUAAAGAUUUUAUUUUAAAAUGUAUAAUGCCCGUUUAGUCCUGGUUUAUUCCCUGGUUCAGUUCCUGAUCCUCUUCAGACUAGUUUGAGCCAUGGGUCAUGAGCUUUAACACAGUUGUAAACACAUUUUUGGCUAAUUGUCUCAAAUUUAGAACUAAAAUGUUGUUAAAAUCAGGCCUGAACAAAUAUUUAAGUAAAAACUCACACUCACACUACACUAGUUCAGACCGGGGCAAAUCCUUUGAAACUGAGACAAGAUGGGGAAAACUCAAACACAGAUCUCAAUAUUGUGUUUUGUUUUGAAGAAUUUAUGAAACUACAGAUUUAAAACUCAAACUCAGAGCUGCAGAAACGAGAAGGGAUUUAAACUUUUUUCAUUUAGCCUAAAGCUCACAAGAGUCAAUUUUGCGCAAUGUAGGACCUUUAAGUUGUAGAUGCUAAAAUCUGUGUUUUUUUAAAGACACUACAGUCUCUUUGGGAUGUGUGAAGAGUCGAAACGUAUCGUGCAGAAUGUUUUUAAACCAUAAAAAUUAUGAGCACAGUGCGCCAACAGUGUCUCCAACCAGGUUAAGGUUGUCAAAAGUAUCAAAAAUCAGAUACUAAGCAACAAUAAAACUGAUAUCAAAACAACAUCCACAUUUGAGCAAGUAUCAAUACUAAAAAUUCACAUUCACAGAACAGAAAUGUACCUUUCCUGAAUAGCUUUAGAAUGAUCUUGAGCUGUAUCAGAGCAAGUAUAAGAGCACAUAGACUAAUAUACGCCCAUGGACCACUAUGGAACUGACCUGGACCACUGAGGAAUAAAAAAAGAAACUGCUACUAUUUAAUUCUGAAAAUCACAUUCUAUUGUCUAAAGAAAGAGUGUUUUUUUAUGAUCAUGGUGAUAUCGGAAUCAGUAUUGAAUAUCAAGUCUAUUCUCUAAUACUGAAAUGGAGUUUGACAUUUUAAUAUUGUUUCAACACUAAACCAGACCAAACCAAACACUAAUGAUCAAUAAUUUACGAAAAUAUCUAAUAAAACUUCUCCUGCAUACACUACCUUCAGGUUUUUUGGCUAAUCUUAAUUUUGAAACUUCCACAAAUUGACAGAACUUAAUUUAAAAUACUAAAUAAUGUGUCAGAAAUGGUCCCUCUGUGUUCCUGUGUUCCUGUGGCUCUGGUCUCCUUAGACUCUGCUCCGGCGCCUCUUGCGCUCACGUUUCGUUUGUUUGUUUUUGUGUAAAUUAAAUCUAGUUUUUAUAAUAAUCUUUUUAUAAACAGACCCGUCCAGAUCAGUCACUGCCCCACACUUCCUGUCACAUGACCAGGAGUGGCUUUGGGAUUUGUGGAGAGGAGGAGCUGAGGAACUAAUGUUAUUCUGACUGUUUUGUCCUGAUUUAGUCCUGGUUUAGUCCUGGUUUAUUCUUUUUUAGAUCUAGGAAUGUUAAGUUUAUUGGGUUAAUUAAUAAUCAUGAUUUUUCAGGUUAGGGGAUUAAACCAAGGACUGAACGAGGCUCUGAAACAGGGACUAAACCAGGGACAGAACCAGGACCUAACUGAACACUAAAAUUAAAUAUUUUUUUCCUAUUUAAAUCUUCCUCAGCUCCUUUUCUUCAGUCAUUAUUUUAUUUACUGUUGCGCCUCAGAAACGGCCGAUCACGGCUCCGGAUCCUCAGAUUUGAAUUUUACUGCCUUUGGAUUGGUUGUUUUAUUUGUUUUUACGAAGGGACGGUUUCCUGAUGUUACUAAAGUUUCAGUUUGUGUAAUGCAUGGUAAUAUUAAUAAUAAUAUGAUAAAGUAUUUUUUCUAGUCUUCCGAAAAAAGGACAAAAAAAGAGGAGUUUUGACGCGUUUUGUAAGUUUUGUUUUGAAUGAUGAGAUUUUAAAGAUUGUACCACAUAGAAACAACUGUUGAAAUGUACAGAAAAUGUCUAUAUAAUAUUAAAUGGUGGAAAACAGUGUA